CUCUCUCUCUCUCUCUGCAUAUAGAAUUCGCGUUUCGUGUCUUUUCUUCUUCUCUCUUACCUCUCUCUCUGGAUCGAAACAGAAGCUUUGCGUCCACGUUUGGUCUUCUCUCUCGUCAUCAUCCGAUAAAUCUCGGGAGUUCUUUCAGUGAUUCUGCUUCUAUGCCAUUUUACUCAGAAGAAAAAUGGGACAAGCUAAGGGAUGUUUGAUAUUACAACAACGAGUUGUUUCAAAGGAUAAUAAGUCUGCAAACUCCUACAGCGUCUCUCUUCUGUUAUCCCCUGUUGUCUCUGUUUGGGAUUGUGUCGUCCGUAAAAUUAGGUAUACCUACGUACCUGAGUGGGUGUAGUUAGUUACUCAUUUGAGUUUUGUUCUGUUUUCUUCACAAGCAAAAGCAAAGAAGAAGCAAGUUCACGUUUUUUUUCUAAGAUUUUAGACGUUUUAGUUUUUUUUUUAUUCGUUGAAGUGUGUCCUAAAACUAGACCAACAGAGUGUUGUUUUAGUUAGUAGUCAUGAUGGAUGAUAACAGUAGCUCACUGCGUCAGCCGAUUGCUGGAAAAGGGAAUAAGAAGCAAGGGAGAGAUGAAGCGGAGAGAAUCAAACAAGCCGGGAAGAAAAAGAUACGUCUUGAGAAAGCUCUUACUAAGUCUCUAGCGAUCAGGGCUGAGCUUGAGAAGAAGAAGCAAAGGAGGAAAGAAGGACUGCAAGAAGCUGAAGAAGAUGAAGACAGCUUGGCUAAUAAGAAGAAGGAGAAAGACGAGCUGGAGCGUAUCAAACAAGCGGAGAAGAAAAAGAUUCGUCUCAUUGCUGCUUCUGCAGCUAUCAGGGCCGAGCUUGAGAAGAAGAAGCUUAAAAAGCUAGAGGAGCAAAUAAGAUUGGAUGAGGAAGGUGCUGCUAUUGCGGAAGCUGCUGCUCUGCAUGUCUUACUUGGCGAGGAGGAGGACUGUGAUGAUUCGUGUCGGACCAUGCCAAACCAAGAAACGGGUUUCAAGCCGCCGUGGGAUUGUACUGCCAAACUCAAUCUUUUUACAGGCGGAGGAAGAAACGGCUUCUUUCCUCAUGAACGCUGCUCGAGCCCUGCGGUUCACAGAAGCAGAGUAAGGGACUGUGACUGGUCAGUCUCAUAUGAGCUUUUUGCAAGGGGGUGGGACAACAGUAACAUGGGAAUAUCGGCUGAUUUGAUUGCUGCUCAAGGUGUGUCGUCACUGCAAAUUUCUGAAAAUGCUCGGGUGGACGCACUUGUCUUCAAUGGGAUGAUCAGGCGAUAACUGUAGCACCAUAGUCCCAGAGAAUUAGUAUUAGUUCUAUAUAUGAAUUUGUAUUUAUCACCUCCCAUCCUUCACUUCCAAAAUGAUUGAAAGACUUUGAAAAACAACAUAAAGCGUAUUAUUUUUUUAUUAGAAUCUAAAUGAUUAUUUCAUGCA